AUGUCUAGUGCUCGGUGCUUAAACUGGUCCCGACCACCACCGGGAAGGCAUCCUGCUGCUGCUGCCGCGGUGCUCCGGAAGCAGGUGUCCUGUAUCGAGCACUCUUCGAGCAGCGGUUCACUGACGGGACUGGACUCUGGCUCACUACUGUCCAGUGCUACCGGAAGCACCACCAGCAGCACCGCGCUCCACCGACCCUCGACGGCCCAUCGCGGUGCGUGUGGUAGUGGUGGCAGUGUGACCCCGCUCCCCGGGUACCAGCACCAGCACCAGCAUCAGCAGCCCUCUCUGCCGCAACGGCGCCGCCCAUCGAGUGCCAGUGCGGCCGGUGGAGCCGGAGGAGGCGUGAUUACCGUAGAUCCUGCCAUCACAUCACCGGGUGACCGGGCACGCCUCGGGCGGAGGGCCAUCCUCUGCAAGCAGCUCUCGCUGGACCAGAGCAUACUGGUGGCCGCCACCGCAGCCUCAUCCAUCGCCUCGGGAAUGGCAGCGGUCGCCAAUGCUGGAGAGGGGCAGGGGCCGGAUGGAUCAUCGAUCGAGCGUGGCUGGGGCUUCGGUAGAAAGCAGGGAGCGCGGAUCGGCACCGGAAACGGGAUGAAAAGCGAAAUGGAGUCCGGUACCAAGAAGGGCCCGAAGGCGGGCAAAGAUUCGCGCAUCAACAUUAAAAUCUUUCUCGGCCAAACCGUACAGCAGGACUCGUCCGAUACGGGCAUCAGCGACACGGAAGCACCGACACCAACCGCCACCACCACCAACACUGCCACAGCUGCCGGAUCACUGCAGAAGUCCGACUCAACGCCUGCGAUGAGCAGCACGACGCCCACCGAACCAUACUCCACCUUCACUGGAAGCGGAAGCAAAGGUAACCGAGCGGCGAUCCAGGCGGGCAGCACGAGUUCCGGUUCGCAAAGCUCCACCAGUGGUAACAACGGAGCUGCUAGUGGAACCACGAACACCACGAGUGGCCGCAGUUCCUCGCUGGCCCAACGGAGAGCUCAGUUUCAGGCGAACCGUCAAAACUCGGAAGCCCACGAUCGCCGCCAUCCGCCGCUGGUGCGGGCUAUGUCCGCACCGAUCCGGCCAGCUGAUCCCGACACAUCAAAGUUCCUGCAGAGCAAGAAGAAACCUCGCCGGAGGAAAGUAUUGAGAGAGAAAGACGAAUACAAUAUCUGCGAAGAGGAUGAGUACAGUGAUGAAGGUGGCAACAUUAUCUGUAGCAGUGGUAGCAGCAGCAACGGUACCGGUACCCUGUCAGCGAACGGUGGUGGUACAGUCAAGGGUUUGGCCUCCAACGGUGCUCUACCGUUGCGGUCUCGCUCCGUACUAGGUGGGGCGUGUGAUAUCGAGACCCUCGUGUCACUCCUCAGCUCCGGUGGCAGCGAUUCCGAGAAGGAGCAGGAACAGCAACACUCGACCCAGAACAUUGUACCGAACGGAUCGACGAGCGGGCACGGUGCCGGGUCCGGUGUGACGUCUCCGGCCUCCUUUAGGCAGCCCUUUACGUCCGCCCACCUCAAGGGACGCGCACCGAUGCUGAAGAAGACCGGUAAGUCGGUGUCGUUCCAGGAGAGCGACCUCAAACCACCGGUCGCCAACGCCGGGCUCAAUCGAGACUACCGGAAACCCACGUUCCAGCCCACGAACGUAGCGAACCGUGUUCGACGUGCCGUUCAUACGCUCAACGCCUUUCAGCUCAAGGACCGCGAGAAGAGCGACGAGAAGGAGGCGAACGAAGAGAAGUGCCCUUCCGAUUGGCUAAACGGAGAGAAGGACCCACAACGCCCGAAGGACAGCUCACCAUCGGCCGAUCAUCAGACGAAGCAAAGUCCGGCCGGUGCCGGUGGCGGCAAAGCCACCGAGACCACCGGCAAAUCUUCCACUGCGGCAGUCGGGACGAACGGGGAUCUGCUGCAGUCCCCGAAGGAGCAGGAAUGCUAUCGGCUGUAUCUGAAGAUGUCGAAGAAAGGAUUGGCCGUCUCGUAUGAUACCAUUCUGCGCGGGAUGCUUACACCGACCGAGCUGCGGGUGCUACAGAAGAAGAAAAACCGAUGCCAGCUUGGUGACGACGGGGACGGUGCGAAGGAUGAAAACCUGAUCGGAUCGGAAGACGAUAUGUUGUCACCGACCGAAAAUGAUCCACUAUCGAUCGCCAUUACCGAUCCUUCGCUAAAGGAGCAUGAACUCUUUCCUCUUCCAUCCCAAACCGCUACUAACGCCGGUCUUGGUAUACUAACGAUUCCCGAGGAACCAUCGGUGAUUGAACACGAGAUCAAAGCUAGUGACUCCGACAGUGGUGCUGGUCCUGCUGUUGCUGCUGAUGUGUCCUAAGUUUGCUGAUCAGCCAGAAAUUUAAAGUUGUUAAACUGUGUGUGUGUGCGUGUGUGCGAAAACUUUUGAUUUGCAUUGCAAAAACUGUGAUAGUACUGCAGUAGUGUGCUCGAAACGGAUACGCGCUGUCGUGUUGCACUUGUGCACUCUCUCUCUCCCUCUUUUCGUUCGUUUUGUUGUUCGUUACGUUUGCCUAUUAGGGGGAUGUGAUAUGCCUUGUUGUUGAUGUUGAUGUUGUUGUUGUUGUUGCUGUUAUUGUCGCAGUUAUUGCGUCGAUAGAUUUGAUUUCGUUUUUGCUUUUCCACUUGGAACUGUUUUUCGCGUCAAGUGUUUCAGUCUCAGUCUCUGCAUUUGCUGCGAGUGCUUCUUCUACUCCUUCAUCACACGCCGACAUCAUCAUGUUCAUAGUGCUUAUCGGUUUAUGCCUGAAGGGGUGGCCUAGAAGUAGGCACAGUAGAAGAAACAA